AAGGCUGACCUCAGUCACGUGACAGAGCAGGCAGGAUUAGCUGCCUGGUGUGUGUCUGACGGCGGUCCACUCGCGCGCGCCCAGUGGAUCUUGACGUCUGAACGGACACAAACAGAUCGCCGGGUACGGAAAGAUGGAGCUGUCGGCGGUCGGGGAUCGCGUUUUCGCCGCGGAAGCCAUACUGAAGCGCCGCGUCCGCAAGGGCAGAAUUGAAUAUCUGGUCAAAUGGAAAGGAUGGGCAAUGAAGCACAGCACCUGGGAACCAGAGGAGAACAUUCUCGAUGACCGGCUGAUAUUAGGCUUUGAGCAAAAGGAACGGGAAAGGGAACUGCAUGGGCCAAAGAAACGAGGGCCCAAACCCAAAAAUGCUGUCUCUCAGGCUCGUGCUCAGAAAAGUGAAACCAGCACCCGUGCAUCAAACACUUACCAGAAGGCGCCUCGCUCUUUGUCUACAUCAAGUCGCGCAGCAACUUCCUCUUCUGCCUCUCCGCAUCAUUUAGCGUCCUCGUCCUUUACUUCUUCAGCUGCAGCACCUUCUCCAAAACUCAAUUCUCUUGCCGCUACCCACAAGCUGAAGAAGGACAUUCAUCGUUGCCACAGAAUGUCCAGACGCCCUCUGCCCCGCGCAGAUCCUAUGGCAGCCACUUUUUCGACCCCUGGUGGCUUUCCCUCCCGCUUACAUGUUUCUCCUUUCUCUGAGACCGUACGCAUUCUCAACCGUAGAGUAAAGCCUCGGGAGGUCAAGAGAAGUCGAAUCAUCCUUAACUUAAAGGUUAUUGACAAGCCAGGCAGGGGUGGCCCCGCUGCAAGUAGUAGGAAUAUUACAGCCGGGCGCCAAAACAUCCCUUCCCGAAAUCGCAUCAUUGGCAAGAAGGGAGAGGCUCCAUAUAGACCUUUCCAACCUCCUCUGAAGAUGCUGGGCUUCCCAAUGUAUGGGAAGCCUUUUGGGCUGCAGUGUGGAGGCCCCAUGACUUUCCACUCCUGUCCAGGAUCAUACUCCAACACAGGGGCCAGGAAUACCCUCUUGACCCCCUCCCAGUAUCAGUCACCUCCGUCUCCGUCCAGUUCCAGUGGGUCUGAAGGUAAAUCUCCCACCACUGCUAUAGCUGCUCCACAGUCUCACCAAACCACAGGAGCCUCUGUAUUAGGACCAGUUUCCAGCAGGGGUUCCCAUCUGUUAGCUUCUUCCCAGGCCAAACCCAGUAAACCUCAAAUGGAGACCACGAAGGGCCAGGGUGCUAAGCAGUCUGCUCGCAGUCCCUCCUCAUAUACAAACCCAGGAGCGUCAUCCUUCCCCUUGUCCCCCUCUGGCUCUGCCUCGUCCUCCAUGGAAGAUGAAGAGGAGGAGGGUGUUCUGGACUCUUUGAUGCCCCGAGAGGAAGGUAGAAAAACCCUCCGCUCUUGCCGGUUCAAACGCCAGCGUUCAGCAGCCCUUUCCUCUGUACCCUCCGGGGAUCACAGCUCUACCCCAGCAGAACCUCGAAGGGUACCUGCUGAGGGCGACCCCGACUGGCACCCUGAAAUGGCACCAAGUUGCAAGGAUGUGGUAGUGACAGAUGUCACUACCAACCUUGUCACUGUUACCAUAAAAGAGUUUCCGUCUCCCUCCUCUUGCCCUGCCUCUCCGUCCACUGUCCCGGAAAGCGUCGCCGCCGCCGCUUUGCCCUCUGAUGUCACUUCUGACGACCCGUCCCCACCUAAGCCAUAAGAAGACAUGUUAUGGAUUUCGUUGCCAUAAAUGAUGGAAGAAAAUACCAGUGUUGCCACUUAAGCCCACACCUACCUUUUUCUUUGAUAUAUCAACCCUUGUGUAAUGGUUAAUGAAAUGUGAUGUAACAUUACACCGCCCAGACAUUAAAUAGUAUAAAGAACAUAUUUUUUCUUAAAGAGAAGUGUGUAAAUAUUUAAAUGGAGUUGAGAUGCCCUUAUUGUCACUUAAAUUGCCAUAUUUUUUCCACUUGCAAGGCACUGAAUUUUUCAAGCAGACUUGCAUGAAAAUUGUAUUUGUUUGCUUUCAUUUGCUUCAGACAUGCCAAACCUGGCUUGUGUAGGAUCAAAGAAAUAGAAGACCAAAAAAAAAGAAGAAACUGCCUAGUGUAUCAGGGAAUAAGCACCCACACUAAUGGGCCUCAGGGCCUAUGUUGGACCCUAGUAUUUGGGGCUGAGCACACUCAUAGUAUCUGAAAGAAACAAAUACUAAUUUGAACCAAGUUCUGCUGUGAAGGCUGUUAUCAGGUAGGUGUUAUGCCAAUUUCCUGCCCAGUUGUUUCAAUGGAAGUCCAACUUGUUGACGCUAAAUGAGGCAAUGUGCAUUUACUGUAUGCUCGUACCACAGUUGGACUCAUCAAUACUGCAAUACUGCAUUCCAUAUACUCAGUAGUAAAUGGAAUGCUCUUGACUGCAUUGAAAAGAUAACUAUGUAGUUCGACAGUUUCCGCAGCCGUUUUUCCUCACGCUCCCUUAAACGCACAUGCAUAUGAGUGUUUAUGUGCACGCACAAACUUUAAAGCUGCAUAAUAAUAUACAAGGAAAAAAA